AUGAGUUCCGAACUUAAAUGCCCUUUUCAAAUUGAUGUCUACUGCAGUGGUGGUCGAACGCCUUUGAUGGUUGCCGCUGCUAAUGGCAAUAUAGCCAUUGUCAAAUUAUUAUUGGAUCAUGGUGCAGACGUAAAUUUGCCUUGUGGUCUCACAGAUGCCGAUAUAAGUAGUUUAGAUGGAGCACGAUGUAUUGGAUCAGGUGCGCUGAAUGAAGCAUGUCGGAUUGGUUCAUUACCUCUUGUGCAGCUUUUGCUACAACGUGGUGCUAUUGACCAUGAUAAUAUCGCUCUUUCAACUGCAGUAAAGUACCAGCAAGAUGCUCUAAUUCGCCUUUUCCUUGUGCGUCUUGCGUUCCCUGAUCCGGACUAUCGGGUCAACAAAGGAAUAGAUUUUGGACAAGUUUCACUGAAUCGAAAUUUGUUUCCUUCAACCGUAUUUCCCACAACUUCUUGUAUGUUAAAUUGGCACAAUGCUAGUUUGUCGACAGUAAUCACCGAUUGGUUAAUUGCAGCAUGCCUUCAACUUAAUCAGCGACUUAAAACAUCGCGUUUGGCUACAGCCGCAUUAACUCGGAUCGAUAUUUCAUCUAAUAAAUUAGAAAAACUUUCUGCAUCAUUGUUCCAGUUGCCUUCGUUGCGAAGUCUUAAUGCAUCCAAUAAUAUUAUUUCUGAAAUUAUUACACCAAAUGAUAACUGGAUAGCGCCAUUACUUGAAAAUCUUUCUCUUGAACGUAAUCAGAUUUCUUGUGUUCCGGAUGCUAUUUUUUCAUCGCAUCUGCCUAAUUUGAGUAGCCUGGAUGUCUCUUUCAAUAAGCUUUCAUUUCUUCCGGAAACACUUUGGAUGGCCCCAAAAUUACAUGAAUUGAAUGUGUCUAAUAAUUUGCUGAUAAACUUACCUGUUGUUACUGCACCUCUUUCGCGCCCAGUUAGCCACUUAUCUGCAAGUGGAAUUUUGGACAAUCAGCAACCAGAUAAUAACGCUAGUACUGAUGAUUCUAUAAGUAUUGGAGGACGCAUAGACGAUUCGAAUAUUACAUUUCACGAGCUAAAAAGGCACAAUGUUUGGCAGGCAAAUAUUUCUCUUGCCCGUUCAGAUGAUUCAGAUAUAGAAGCAAACUCAACAAAAUCAUCAUCAACUCUUGCUUCACUCAACAUCGCUAAUAAUAAUGCAAAUUAUUAUGCAAACAAUGUGUUUCAGUUGAAAAUAUUACCGUCUUCUCUUGCGUGCUGUUGUCCACGUCUUGCUCGACUUAAUAUUUCGAAUAAUAAGCUUACAUCACUUGGCCCUGUUGAAUGUUUCCCUGCACAAUUGCGCCAUCUUGAUGCUUCAUCCAAUAAUCUUCUAAUAGCUUUUGAAGCCGCUCACCCGCUGAAUCUUGUUUGUCAUACAAAUUCUGGUUCUGCUUUCAAUACAUUACAACAAAUACGCCAUUAUAGUCCCAACAGAAACCCAAGAAGUCGUUCAAAAUCAGUCGUUCGGAGUCAACGAUCCCUCAGCGUUGCUCGAACCGAAGUAAUGAAUGAUGUCCAUAUUAAUGCAUGUGGACAUAAGCAACACACUCGAUUAGAAUCGCUGCGAACAUUGCAACUGAGCAAAAAUCAGUUAUCAGAAGUUCCCUUAUUCAUAUCGCAGGCGAGGAUAAAUGCUGCAAAGAAGAAAGCUCGAGAAAAUCGACGAGACCCUAUUCAGUUAAGACAAAAUCUUUUAUUUCCAUCUCUAACGUCAUUUGAUAUCUCUGAUAAUUGCAUAAAAAUUGUACCUGCAGCUAUAUGUUGUUUAUCAGCCCUUUCAACUUUAAAUUUGAGCGGAAAUGUCGGAAUUGAGGUUCUGCCUUCUGAACUCGGUCUUCUUGGUAAACUUUGGCAUCUUAAUUUGAAAGGUUGUGCAUUGCGAGACCCAAUUAAAAGUCUCGUUCAAGCAGAAAAUUAUAAAACCGUCGAUUUAAUUGCUUAUUUAAAAUCAAUCCUUGAAGAUUCUCGACGGUAUAACCGCUUGAAGUUGAUGAUUGUCGGUGUCCAGGGCAUUGGUAAAACAUCAUUGCUGCAACAGAUUCGCUUGGAGGGUACAGUAAAUAAACGUGGUCCAUCUAAUGAUAACUGGUCAAAGCGUAUGGGAAAUAAUUCAAGUAACAAUGAUCGUACUUCAAAAGGUGUGAAUAUUUCUACAGUUGGUGUUGAUAUUGCAGAAUGGACUUUUGAACCAAAAAAAUCAAAGGGUGAACAAUCACUUGGUCCGGUGACAUUUCGUACUUGGGAUUUCGGUGGUCAACGUGAAUAUUAUGCAACUCAUCAGUAUUUUCUUUCGCGGCGAUCAAUUUACUUAGUAGUUUGGAAAAUAACUGAUGGCGAAGCAGCUGUUCCUGACAUACAUCAAUGGCUUGUAAAUAUACAGGCAAGAGCUCCGAAUUCACCUGUGAUUGUAGUUGGUACUCAUGUCGACCAAGUGUUAUCCAAUAUCGAUCGCUUUCCAACGAAAUAUUUGCAAAAUUUGGAUGCACAAAUACGGGGUUUUGAUCGAUUCGUGUUGGUUGCUGAUGCUGAUAAAAAAGGAAUUCCUCGCGUAGUUGAUACUAUCUUUGUUUCCUCUAAAACAAAAUAUAAUAUUCGUGCUUUGUGUAAUUUAAUGUAUAGAACUGCAUUCGAUAUCCGUACAACUGGAGGUAAAGAGCGGUUGCUUGAUCAAAAGGUUCCAGCGUCUUAUUUGGCAUUUGAAAAAAUAGCUGUCGAACUUGGAGAUGAACGGCGAUCUAGUGGACUUGAACCGGUGAUGAAAAGCCAUGAUUUUUAUUCAGCUGUUCAAAAGAAAAUGUUGAAAAAUUAUGGUCGACGUUUUCGAGAUGAUAUUGAAUUCAAUCAUGCUUGUUCAUUCCUUCACGAAAAUGGAGUAAUACUGCAUUAUGAAGAUGUAACACUUCGUGAACUUUUUUUUCUUGAUCCACAGUGGCUAUGUGAUCUCUUGGCUCAUGUCAUUACCAUUCGCGAAAUCAAUCCUUUCGCAAAAAAUGGCUUAAUGAAAAUUGAUGAUCUGCAGAUUCUCUUUAAAUCUCUAAAAACAAUCGACUCAACCAUAAAUUUGAGAGCCCAUAUUAUAUCUUUGUUGCACAAAUUCGAAGUAGCUUUAACAUGGCAAUCUCGUUCCUUACUUAUUCCCUCACUUCUACCUGAUGAAUAUCAGUUAAGAGCAGGAUAUCCUGGUUCUCGUAUUCUCAUAUCAACUAAAAUAAAUUCAUGGCAGCUAAAUUUUUUCACGUGUAAUGCUUCACCUUAUGCUUUUCCAAAAAAGAAUCUGCAGCUAAAGCCAUUAUUUUAUCAGCGAAGCCUCGAUGAUUCUUCAGAAUCGUACAAUCAAUCACAGAAAAUUGAUAUUGGAAUGUCGAACCCAAAAAAGACUACUGGUGGGAAGAUGAACAAUGAUGAUUCUCCUUCAAAAUAUGUAAUAAACCCAUUUUUGCUUAAAAAGGAAACAGUGCGUCGAGUAUAUAUGAUGGCUUAUAUACCAUCAGGCUUUUGGUCACGUCUGAUAACUCGUAUCUUAGGAAAUGAUCAAAUAACAUCAUGUAUUGAGCAUCUUUUUUCCGUCGAACAUUUGCCUUCAGGCAGCUUUCUUGAUUCACUGAAGCGUAUUUGUGAUGAAAAUUUCCAACCUGAAUGGUUACUUUGGCAAACUGGCAUUGAAAUUAUUGCUUUUGGUCAAUCAUUUUUUACUGUGCGUCAGUUUUUGCCUCUUGCAAAUGUCAGCGAUAUUCAUUAUGAACUAGUGGAAUGGUAUGUAACUGGUGAGGAUGGGCAGUGGAGAACUCUGAAUGCUAACACAUCAUCACUAAUUGAAAUAAUUCUUCCUUCUUUUAGAAUAAAUAUUGUGAAAGGAACACAGGAAUAUGUUAUUCGAUGUAAUCGUAUUAUUGUCACUCGUUUUCUGGCUCUUGUUGUUGAUUUGAUUGAUACUUUGCUAGAAGAUUGGUAUCCAUCGUUAGGAACACGCUUUGUUCAUACUUCAGAAGGACGGUUAUUGGUAAACAGACUCAUUCCAUGUCCUAUUUGCGGUGAUCUUUCGAAUAACAAUGUAAAGAUCGAUAGCAAUGGUGAAAUUGAAGAAAAUAUUUCAAAAAGAUCUAGCCAAUGCUCUCGCUCUCAAACAAUCGGUGAUUUAAGCGGUGCAACCCGAGUGCCACGCCAAUCAUUGUAUGCAUUCACUAUCGAGGAAUGUAUCUUGUGCGCACAUAAUGGCACUAAUCUGUCAUGUCCAAAUCAUUCCUUAUUGUCUGUUUCAUGCAUCGCUCCGGAUACUGCAUUUCUUGAUCUAAAUGCGGAUUAUAUAAUUCCAUCAGAGACUAUUAAACGCGGAAAAAUGAUUGGUCGUGGUGCUUUUGGUUUCGUUUUUAAGGCAACAAUUAAAAAACCGGACCACAGUUUUCAUGAUGUUGCAUUAAAAAUGCUUGAACCAGUCGAGCCUGGAAUGGGUGCCCGAGCUACGUCAAUUGCUGCAUUCAAGGCUGCUAAGACAAAAUGGCAAAGAGAUCCUUUGCAAAAUGCUUGUCGUGCUUAUUGUACUUGUCGUCAAGAAUUAAAUGUCUUGGCAUCAGUACAGCAUGCAAAUAUCACUUCACUUAUCGGUAUUUGUUCGCGGCCUUUGGCUCUCAUAGUGGAACUCGCACCGCUCGGUGCACUUAGUCAGCUGCUGAAUAAUUAUAAGAGAAGUGGUGCGAGAUUACAUCUUAAUGUCAUUCAAGAUACUGCUAGCCAGGUCGCUAAAGCACUGGAAUACCUUCAUGAACAUCACAUUAUAUAUAGAGAUCUUAAAUGUGAAAAUGUUUUCUCAUGGCGAUUUCCUCCUCCAUUUAGUUCCAUCACAGAUGUGCUUGUGAAACUCGGUGAUUAUGGUAUAUCAAGAUGUUCAUUUCCUUCAGGAGGAGCAAAAGGUUUCGGCGGCACCGAAGGUUUCAUGGCACCUGAAAUUAUGCGUUAUAAUGGAGAGCAGGAAUACACUGAGAAAGUAGAUUGUUUCUCAUUUGCGAUGUUCCUGUAUGAAUUAAUCAGUCUGAAAUUGCCAUUUGAUGGUCAGGAGCAAGUAAAAGAAUACAUUCUAGAUGGUGGCCGUCCUAAACUCACUCCUUCCGAAUUAUUGUUUCCAUGUAAUGUUUUGGAUGUAAUGGUAGUUUGUUGGGCAGCUCAACCAGUGGAUCGUCCUUCUGCAUCUCAAAUUGUCUCGAUGACAACUGCGCCGGAAUUUACUCAUCUUUUAGAUGUUAUUUCGUUAAAUGAUUCUGAUUCAGCCGUGCAUUCGACCCUUUCUUUUCCAACAUUGGAUGAAAACGAGUUAAAUCAAGGAUUUGAGGACAGUAUAGAAGGGGAAAUUUGGUUAAGCCGAUCAGAUGGCUCUGUUACUGUCCUUGGGUGUAAUCAGUAUGGAUGGCUGGAUUCAAAGAGUAUAUCAGUCGGAGUAGAUGGGAGUAUUAUUACCGCUAUGUGUAUGGUCAGUGAUUCAAUUUGGAUGUCUGAAUCAACUGGUUUGAUUCGUAUUUAUUGGUGCGUUUAUUGGCAAAUAUGGGUUGGGCAUUGCGAUUCUUCGAUAUCGAUAUAUUACAUUUCAUCAGAUUAUGAACUUAAUUUUUCAUCAACGGUGCGUCAUGAAGAAGGCCAAUCCGAAGCAUCAACAUCCAGUACUGUUUCUUAUUUAUUAACAAGUUCUACUGAUCAAUCGCUCGUUUGGUCAGCUAUUAUCCCAGGAAGCAAGGUUUAUCAGUGGUCGAUAAUUGAUCGAAAGGUUCGCUAUCGUCUGGAUGCUCGCAAGAUUCUUCCUUCUUCUGAAUCCAUUUCUACCUUGGACAUUGAAGCAGACCAAGAUGGCCAUGUAACUGUGUUAUCUUUACUGGAUAAAAGCGAUGGUGCACAGCUGUUUAUUGGUACCAGUAAAGGAGUUGUUAUUGUUGCUCAGGCAAUCCAGAUGCGUCCUUUGGCUGCCUUUCGGCCGUAUUUAUAUGAUGUUCAUUCCAUCAUUGCUUUGGAUAAUUCGACCGCGGUGCUUGAAUUAUUAAAGCCUCGUCGCGAUACAAGUCUCACAAGCACUAGUGGUGUUGGUGCCCGUAGUGCAGGUGGAUUAAGUUCUAAUAGUGCCGGAGGAGAUUUUUUAGAAACCGUCAACUGGAUGAAGGAUCGAGUAUCCGAAACAGUCAAUCGUUUUAGAAACAUCUCUUCAGAAUAUCCAUCCAAUUUUGGCAGCUAUAUCAUUACAAUUGGAAACGGAUAUAGAUGUCUAAUCGACCGUUUCACUGAUCGUAAACAUCAAGGUUCCUCACCACCUCGCCGUGAAUCACAUUGCGCUAUAAUAUGGCGCACAGAUGAUUGGAUAUCAUAA